AUGAUCCUUGCUGUUGGUCAAAAUUUCGGACAGCAGCAAUCUCAGCAAGGAUUUCAGCAGCAGCCCCAGCAACAGUUUGGUAAUCAACAAUUCAACCAGCAGCAACAACAGCAAGGUUUUCCACAACAACAGCAACACCAGGGGAACUUUUCACAGCAGAACAUGCCACAGAAUCAAUUUGGAGGCUACCAACAACAGCAGCAGCAACAGCAACCACAACAACAGCAGAGGGGGUUUGGUAUGGGAUUUCGACAGCAAGGACCAAUGGGGAACCCUCAGAUGGGCAGCCCCCAGAUGCAAAUGGGUCAAGGUCAAAUGGGUGGAAGUCAAAUGAACCAAGGCCAAAUGGGAGGUCAGAUGAGUUCAAUGUCCCAAGGUCAGAUGGGAGGUCAGAUCUCACAGAUGGGAGGGGGCCAGAUGAGUCAGUCUCAGAUGGGAGGAUCCAUGGGAGGACAGAUGGGAAACCAGGUCCCACAAGGUCAGAUGGGAGGUCAGAUGUCACAACAGGGCCCUAUGGGUCCACCUUCCUCUCAGGGGCAAAUGACAAACCCCAUGAUGAGUGGACAGAUGCAAGGCCAGAUGGGCAGUGGUAUUGGAGGACAGAUGGGUCAAAUGCCACAAGGUCAAAUGCCCACUAGCAUGGGUCAAGGUCAAAUGGGAGGGAAUAUGGGUCAAGGUCAGAUGGGAGGAAACAUGGGUCAAGGACAGAUGGGAGGGAACAUGGGACAAGGUCAAAUGGGAGGUAACCAGAUGCAAGGGAGUCAGCCAGGUAAUUUUGGUUUCAACCAAGGCCAAUUUUAG